GGCCAAGAUUAUCGGUAUUGGCGAGAAAGAGUGUGGUGUUCAUAAUCCAAAUGGAUUAAAUAUCGAUGAAGUAUUUAACUAUCGACUCUCUAAUGGAUCUUUACGUGGAAUGCCCAAUGUGGAUAUUAUUGAAGAUCCAUUAAAAGCCAAAAUCAUUGGUGAAGCUGCUAACGGUCCCACAACUCCACUUGCAGACGAAAUUCUAUUAAAGAAAGGAAUACUGAUUGUACCAGAUUUACUUUUGAAUGCUGGGGGCGUUACCGUAAGUCAACCUAGAAGAAAAGUUGCAAAAAAUCCACCUUACUUUAAUGUUAAUCCCUUUCUCUUCUUAAAGGUUUCAUAUUUUGAAUGGUUAAAAAAUCUUUCUCAUAUGAGAUUCGGUCGAAUGACAAGAAAAUGGGAUGAAUAUGGUAAAUCGCAAAUAGUAGAAUUAGUGGAACGAAAUGUAGGACAUAAAUUAUCGGAUACUGAGAAAAAACAGAUUGUACAUGGAGCGGAUGAAUCAGAUUUAGUCUAUUCAGGAUUGGAAGAUACUAUGAUUAGAGCUUGUUUAGAAACUAGGAGAACAUCUAUUUCUAAGAAUAUCGAUUAUAGGACUGCAGCAUUUGUAAAUGCUAUUGAAAAAAUUGCUGCAGUUUAUGAAGGUGGUAGCAGUUCUAAAAGUGAUAAAUCUCUUUUGGAUGAUGAGGAAUGGGAAAUGUUGGAAGAUGGUGAACUUUUUAGAGAUGUAAAUGUUUAA